UGGUUAGCAGCGUGUGUUGUUGCUAGCUAGCAUUGGCCCUUAUACCAAAGAUGGUCUCAUGAGCUUAUCUGUGUUUAUACUGUUUGUUCCAACGCGCUUCACCCAUCAUUAUCGCCACCAAUUGACGAGGAUGUGCAACUGUACUGCAGUCCCCACGAACUUCGGACCUGCGCAGGGCCGUUCGCAGUGUUUUGGUCUUAAAUAGCUUCAUAAACCCCGCACAUUUCUACAAUUUCUCUUUUUAAAAUGUGAUUUAAACCUAACCACACUGCUAACCGUAUACUUUGUUUUUUGUUAUUGCAAUUUUUGCUAUUUUGUGGCUGUGGAAUCUGACUUUGUUGCUAGAAGCUAGUGGAAACCUAGCUAGUACUUCGGUGGGACGACAGAGUUUGCAACCAUGGCCGAUUCUGUAGCAGUAGAGGACCCGAAAUUCACUUUACAAGAGGUUCUUGACACUUUUAAGUCAUGCCUAUCUGAAAACAAAGAAGUAUUCCUCGAACAUUAUGUAGCAGGGUGGCUUGGUCUUGUAAGAUUCAUGAACAGCCUGGGGAGUGUGUUCUCCUUCAUCGCCAAGGAUGCUGUCAACAAGAUCCAAAUCCUGAUCAACCAUCUGAACGGUGAGAAUGGGGCCCACUACGUCACCGUCCAGUCUAUGGUCAAAUACGAACUGGACAACCAACUGGUGGACCUGACUAAGAGAGGCAGCUUCCCCGAGUCCGGCUGCCGCACCCUUCUGAGGCUGCACCGUGCACUGCGCUGGCUGGAGCUCUUUCUUGAACGUCUACGCACCAGCACUGAGGAAAGCAAGACCUCCGUCAUGUGCUCUGAGGCCUAUAAUGAGUCCCUCUCCCAACACCAUGCAUGGAUCAUCCGCAAGGCUGCCGGUACAGCUUUCUGGGCUCUCCCAGGGCGUGCUACGUUCUUUGAUGUGAUGAAUGUAGGUACCCCAGAGCAGGUAGUGGCCAUGCUAGGGGAUGCCCUGCCGCUCAUCUCUGAGGUGUACCAAGUGACAGAGGACCUCUAUGCCCAGAACAAUAUACUGGACUUGCCCUAGUAGGCAGGAAAUACUGUAGUAGUAGUUGCCUGGUGGUCCCAGAUCUGUGUGUGUCAUCUUGCCAACUCCAAUGGAAUUGUUUAUAAGAGUUGGCAAGACAGCAUAAAUAGAUCUGAGAUCACCAGGCUACUGUAGGCCUCGUAGUCCAACCAGCACAUCAAUGCUGGCAAGCCGUGCUGCUCCUUAUUGUUUCUUGGUGACAAUUUCUGGUGUAUAGAGAUGGGUGAAUUACUGUAUGUACAUUACAUUAUUAUGUAAUAAGGCAGCAUUACCCAUAUAUUUAUUUCUAAUUAGAUUUGUGAAAUGGGA